AUGCUGAACGACACCGUGCCUGCUGCCCCUGGGGUCAAGAACACGAAGACCGAGAAGAACCUGGACAAGCGGGAAGCUGACCUGAACCGUCGCGAGGCGGAGCUGCGUCGGUUGGAGCAGGAGCUGAGGGCCGGCGGCGCCGGCAGCCUGAAGAACUGGCCGCCAUACUGCGCCUUCACCUACCACGACAUCCGGGCCGAGAUCCCGCAGCCCCUCCAGGGCAUGGUCCGGUCUGCCUACUGGGCAUACCUGGGCCUGGUGCUGUGCCUCUUCUUCAACUUUGUGGGCACGGCCGCCUACCUGAUCGGUGUGGACGGCGGCGGCAUCGCCGCCUUCCUCUGGGGUGGGCUCUACAUGCUGGGCGGCGUGCCGCUGGCCUGGUUCCUCUGGUACCGCCGCGUGUACAGCGCCGCCAUCAAGGAUAGCGCCUUCCAGUACGGCCUUUUCUUCGCCAUGUACAUGGCUCACCUCAUCUUCGUGGGCUGGAGCGUCGUCGCCCCGCCCAUCCUGAACUCCAGCAGCCACACCGGGUUCUGGGAGGCCAUCAACGUCAUCAGCGACAACACGGGCGUGGGCGUCAUGUACUUCAUCGGUGCGGCGCUUUGGGCCGUCGAGUUCCUCUGGUCCUUCUGGGUCCUGAAACUGGUCUACUCCUGCUUCCGGGGCCAGGGCCACACCGCAAGGAGCGUGAAGAACGACGCAGCGGCCACCGGAGUGAGGUCCCAGGUCUGA